UUCACGGCGAUUCGAAUCGCCGCUGUCGCCACCGCCGCGAUCCUCCGGCAGCGUAGUUUUGCGAUCAGUCGCUACCGCACGCUGCGCACGGUGAGUUUGACGUUUCGUUUCGGAGACAACGUGUAGUGACGGGUUUCGUUCGGGCAAAAACGGUGGCGUUCACCGUCCACUUUGUGUACCAUGACUAUCUCAUGAGACCGCUAUAAAUCAAUUGUCAGUUUAUAACGUACAUUGAUGCGUUGCCAAAGAUUCUCCACACUUUCCAUGUUUUCGUAAUCAACGUAACGGAAACAUAAAUACGCGAGUGGUGUGCUAGUGUGAACAAAAAGACUAGUGAUCGAGACAAAAAAAAGAGGGGUUAUCCGCGGAUUCGAGAUGACUCGCCACCUGUGGCUAAAAGCAGCAUUCGCUUUCUUCGUGAUAUCAGGUGCGAGCUGCCUGCGGGAUGUCAGCCUAGAAGUAGUUCCGGAGGUAGUGCAACGUGGUCAGAAGGUGAUUCUGCGCUGCCAUUACGAUCUCGAGGAGGCUCCUCUUUACUCCCUCAAGUGGUACCGUGGCAGGCACGAGUUCUACCGUUACACACCAAGCGAGGAACCGGCUACCAAAGUCUUCAACAUUACCGGAAUUUACGUUGACCACGAGAACUCGAACAAGAGCCAGGUAACGCUCCGCGACGUCGACUUCGCUCUCUCGGGUAUGUUCAGUUGCGAAGUUACAGCGGACGCGCCGACUUUCACCACCGCCUACGUCUCCAAGAAUCUUACGGUAGUGUUUCUACCCGAAGGCACGCCCAUUAUCGUAUCGGAACGCGAACGUUACGAUGCCGGAGACACUUUGAGGGCAAAUUGUAGCUUACCACCCUCCAAACCACCGGCUCAUCUCUCAUUCACUCUGAACAACGUGGCGGUGGAGUCGUACACGAAUCAUCAGCCACAGCCGUAUCCACAGCAGAGGUGGGAUCGUAACGACGCUUCUUCGCCCCAUACCGAUCAGACAGAGAAUCUUCAGUGGAUCGAGAUCAGGGUGAAUCUUCAACCGUUCCAUUUCUCGAACGGCCAGUUGAAUUUACGAUGCAGCGCCCAGAUUCCAGGCAUAUAUUCGGCGAUAAGCGAGGUGCAGCUCGGUGCUGGACUGCGUGAACCUGUGCCAGAGAGGGUGACCUCGGAGAACGGAAGCGAAGCUCCUACAGCCAUCUAUUUGACGAUGCUGAUGCUGUGUAUGCUCCAGCUGUUCCUGAGAUAGUCACGAUACGCCUGAGGCCACGGAAAGGGAGUCCAUGGGCGCCGCACCAUAAACAGCGCACUAGUCAAAAGGAGGAGCAGAAGGAAAGGAAAAGACAGCAGUUUAAGGGCUGACCGAAUCGGUGGCGGGAAACCAAAUAAUAAUAUUGUUGAAUCGGCAUUGGUAUCACGUGUUUUUUAGCGUAUUCGGUUCGGUUUCGUUCAAAGAGGAAUCGAAUACCAUCGCUUUCAUUGUUACAUUCUACGUCGUAUGUCCCCGAUUAAAAAUCGUUCAUCGAGAUCGUGACGAUGCAGGACACUACACGGUUUAUUGAUACGCUUAUCUCGACUUAUCGGAUAAUACCAUCUCGAUUUAUUCGAGAGCGACGCGACGUCGUGAACCGGUUCUCGAUUCGAAGUAUCAUAGAGAAGGGCUGAUAUUCAAUUUAAUAGCACAGAAUGAGAUCAGUAAUUUUCGGUUUUCAAUGUAUCGAUACUAUUUUUUUUAUAUAUUUAAUGUAUCGAUAUUAGGAUUACAUCAGCGAUUUACUGAUAAGCACCAUUUUGUAAAAAAAAGUAUGAUAUAUAGAAUCUAGUAUCGAAGAAACGAUAGGAGUUUAUGAGAAUUUUAUUAUCAUUUGAUGAAAGUGAAAAUAAUAUUAGAAGAAGUUAUUGGAUACAUAAAAGUCUGCAAUUAAAGUCAGUUUAGUCCUGAACUGCAAAUAUCCAUAUUUUUGUCAUUCAUAAAUUCCUCGUUAGAUUAUAAUCAUGAAAUAAAAAUUCAGAAUUUUAAAGAUCACUAGUUUGUACAGUCAAACUCCAUUUAUCCCAGCUCAUUAGGCAACAUCAUAAUUGAUACAAUAUUUCCCAUUUAUAAUUUGUCAUUCCUAUAAUAAUAAUUCAUUUUUCCUCCAAUUCCCACUAGAUAAAGUUCCGUUCGAAUAAAUAAAACCGCUGUACCUUUAUAGUUAAGGAUUACAUUUAACGUAUAUAUAAUAUGAAUAUAAGUACAUCAAGAUUAGUCUAAUAUCACAUACCGUGCUAUUAAAUGGACAACAGCCUUAACACACGCACGAGCUCCUCGUAAUGAAAAGACAGUUAUAAUGUAAUUCGUGUUCGAUCGACAAAUGCUCAAACAAAUUCCGCGUCCGAUAAGUAACGAACAACCAAUUGAUCGUUCGAGGACAAGGUCGAGAGUGGCUUUGAAGUGAAAAUCUUUUGCUUGCGUAUCGCGUUUCCGCUUCAAAGGAUCCCUGUCACAGAUAUUCUAUUCCGGUUUCCAUCACGAACGUUGCAAAAA